UGUAAGUCGUGCACAGGAUGACUUGUCAAAUUCUUUGUGUUUACAGGUACUCUGUAAAUUUUUGACUGGGUUAUAAGCACCGAUCAGUUGUGAGGCAAUCAUCAGUACUGUGUGAGAAUGGUUUGGACAAGACCAACGAAUUCGGCCUUUCCCUCCGUUUGGCAUACCUUUAGGGCAAAGGAUGUUGACAGUGACCAAUUGAUUACAUACCGCGUUCAGGAUCUAACCGAGGAUCGCUUCGAGGAUAUGGUGCAGCACUUUCUGGACAACUUCAUUGAGGAAGAACCGAUCUGCGUGAGUAAGGGAGUUGCCAAGGAUGCUACCGCUCGAGAGGCAGCCAUUAAACUAUGGAGAAAGGUUUUGAGGGAAAAGAUGACUCUUGUUUGCUACAAGGAAGGAUCGGAUGAAAUCAUUGGAGCUAAUAUCGUCACCGUGAAGACCUCGGACGAAGUUUACACUAUUGAUAUUUUAAAAAGUGCCGAACAGGGUGAUGUUCGGGUAAUCGUCGAGUAUGUAACGAAACAGUUUGAUGCUCUCGAGCAUUACGGCGUAGAUCAUCGCAUGGUCGCGUACGGUUUAACCGUCGAUAGGCGCUACCGGGGCCGUGGGAUUGCAACGGAGAUCCUGAAGGCUCGUGUUCCAAUGUGUAAGGCACUCGGUAUAAAACUGGCGGCGCAUCCGUUUUCCGCACUCGGAUCACAGAAGGCGGCGAGCAACGCGGGAUACAGAACAGACUAUGAGAUAACCUAUGACGAUCUUGCCAAAUUGGGACCGAAGUAUACGCUGUUGAACAUUCCGUCGAAAAGUAUAAAACUGAUGAGUUUAUUCAUCGAAUAGAAAGAGGAAGGUGUUUACUUACGCACGCAAUCUCAAUACAGGAUUUUGCGGAAGCCUUUUAAUGUCAGUAUCAUUGUAUCGACUAGCAUAGACAGGUACGUGUAUUUCGAUUACGACUUGUGAUCUCCACUACCGUUGUUUUGCUAUUUUUUAAACAUGACUAUUUUUCUUUAAAUAAAGUAUUCAAAAUUUAGUUUGGAUUGCACGGAAUUAAA